GUUCUCCAAUCUUCGGUAGCAAGGCUCUCGUCUCUUCUUCUUCCCGCUCUGCUGCUCCGCCCGCUCAGCUACAAACCCCACCCCCAAAUCCAACCCAAUCCCGCGCGAAUGCGAUGGAAUCCUCUACCACCAACACGACCACGCCACCGGCGGCAGCCGCCAGCAAGCGGAGGCGGAAGGCGGCGCUGCCCCUAGGGGAUCUGACCAACCUCCUCCCGAGCACCCCAGCCCCGAGAAACCCUAGCGCCAAGCGGCCCCUCCGGCCGCCGCGCUCCGACGCCUCCGCGUGCACCUCCUCCGCGUCGGCCACGCCCGUCUCCAAGGCCUCUUCCGCCGCCGCUGUUGAGGAGCCGGGUUUGGUGAAAUCGCCCAUCUCGACAAUUUACACGAGUCGAGCGACUCGGGGGAGGAGAAAUCCCACCAGUGUCAAGGCGCCUUUUCCUACUGGAGCAGCAGCAAGUUGCCCCCCUCUUGGAAAAGCUACAAGGGCCAGCAGUUACUCAACUAAGAAAGCCCCAGCAGCUCAGGAUCCUCGUCCUAUUUCAUCCUCAGCUCCUUGUCAUCAAGCUAAAAAGAAGAAGAGGCACUUGGGGGUGGAGAACUCAUCUUCUGGCAGACCCAAGUUACCAGAUGAUUUCGUCGAGAAGCAGAGAGCAUACUUCCAGGAGAUCGACGCCUUUGAACUGCCAGUGGAAGAGGCCUCAGAAACUGACUGACCUGCAUAAAAAAAAUCAAGCCUAUCCGUUGAUCAUGUGCGAUACAGCUGUACAAAAAUGUACUCGCUUGGGUUACUUUUAUGGGAUAACUGCGAGUUAUGAAGUAGGAACAGACAGUCCUUGUAACAUAGGUGGUGUGCUUUAGUGACAACUGAUGCUCAGUUUCGUGUGUUUGUAGUUGUUGUAGUGCGGUAGUAUAAGAUGUUGUGGAGUCAAGUGAUGGCUAGUAUAUGGUUGUGUUAGGACAUGUCCUUGCAAGAUUUUGUGUUUGUUGAGGGAGCCAUGUCCUUGCAAGUUUGUUUCUCCAAUGUAUGUACAUUGAGCUAAGAUGAUGUAACGAAUGAAGUUAUCCAGCAGUUAUAUCUUCAAAUA